AUGGAGUCUCUAGCUGGAAAGGUUUAUGCUGUCUCUGGCGGAGCAUCUGGCAUGGGCUUAGCAACCUCCCGUCUCCUCGCGCAAUCGAAAGCCCGUGCCAUAUCUAUCGGCGACUUCCAAGACGCCAAUUUCGAGGCUAUCAAGAAAGAGCUCCAGUCUAUCAACGCCUCUACGGAGGUCCAUACCUUCAAAGUCGAUGUCUCAAAGUCUGCGUCCGUAGCCGCUUGGAUCGAGAGCAUUAUAUCGGCCUUUGGUGCCUUGGACGGAGCCGUAAACGCUGCUGGAAUUGCUCAGCCGGUAGGCGUACGCAAAUCGCCGGCUGUCUUGGAAGAGACCGACGAGACCUGGCGUCGGACCAUGGGAAUCAACCUGGACGGCGUGUUCUUUUCCACCAGAGAGCAGAUCCGAGCAAUGGUAGCGCUUCCAAAGGGGCCAAGAAGCAUCGUCAACAUUGCGAGUAUUGCGGCUCUGGUUCACGGUCCAGACACGUAUGGCUAUUCCACGUCGAAAUCUUCAGUUGUGCAUUUCUCCCAGAGUGUGGCUAAAGAUGUGCUUCCCCACGGGAUUAGAGUUAAUGCGGUAUCGCCAGGAGCAACUGCAACGCCUAUGUUAGCUCAAUUCUUUGCUCCACAGGAAGAGAAUGCCCCUAUCGAUACGCAGGGGUGGCAGCUUGUGCAGCCAGAAGAUAUUGCGCGGGCGGUAGGGUGGUUGUUGAGUGACCUGUCUUCGCAGGUUUCUGGGGUCAACCUGCCAGUCGGUCCGGGUGCUCCGUGA